UUAUAAGCAAAACCGUGUUUGUUUGUAUUCUUUUAAAGUUGCUUAUGAAUAUGAUAAUUCCUGGGGUUUGGCCUUUUUCCAGAAUAUAUUCGCGUAUCGCUAAUCCUCAUUAUAGCACAAAAGAGACCAACUAGGCUACACUUGGUCAUCCACUUUUUCUGUCUUUUCUAAGAAAAAGGUUGUCUAGACAUUAGAGAAUGUAAUGGUAAUAAAUAACUAAAAUAUAAAAUAUAUUGACUUUUAUUUUACUAUAUAUAUUGACCUGUUAUUUUACUAUUUACAUCAUUUAACCAGGUAAACUUGUUUAUAGGCUAAAAGAACAUAUUUAUUUAGUAUUGUUUAGCCUGUGUUAAGGUGCAUAUUUAAAUAGCCUAUUAAAUAGUAUUCAUAAACACGAGAGAGACAAUUGUUAGUUUACUUAGAUUGUAUUUGUUAAUUUUAUUAUUAUUACAAAGAUAAUAAUUUUCAAUUUAGCCGAGCUUAUUCUAGAUUUUAUGUAGGCUAAACCUGACCACGUCGCUUGUUUUUCUUGCGCGAUCUGGCAACACUGAUCAGCACCUCACUGCAACUGAACAGCGACCAUAUAAGCACAUGUCUGCGUUAAGAUGCUCUGCUGUUUUUCAUUGGAGGAAUAUAUUUAAAAAUCACUGCGCUAUAUGAUGUUGCAGGGCGAUUGUAUUCGCUGUGUGUAUUAUUACUAUUAUUGUCAUUAUCUUUGUUUUCUCCAAAGAUUUGCACAGGGUGUCUUCGCUAUGGAUGUAAGGGAUGGAAACACACAAAGGAAAAAAACAAAAUUAGUCCAGUGAUGCCCAUGACAGUCGUUGCGUUUGUAAAGGUGACCCAAGUUUGCAUUGUAGCCUAAAUCAGAUGUACUGAAUCCCUCCUUGGUUAGAUCCGUUUGUGUGUCGCUUCUCCCUUUUCAAAAGGAGCAGCAUCAACAAAAUGUUGGGUAGGUCGUUCACCUGGAGGAAAUAUAACCAACACACACUCUCUAUGCAGCACCGGCUCCCUCUUCAGCAUUGACAUGCCCGCGCCUAGCAGAAAAACCAGGAUCAAAGGGCUCAGAUAUACAGCCGGACGCGUAAAUUGGAAGGAGGACUUGAAACAGGCGCACACCGGGUGUCCAAUUCGGUGGAGGCCGGAUCACAUCUGCUGGGGACGAGCAUCAAGGGCAGUGCGGCACGCCAGCGCCUCAGAAACAGGCAACACGGAUCAUCCAUACACCCGUAGUUCCACAACACCGCUGUGUUCCCGUUACACAUCUUCAUUAGUCUCAAAGAUGUGCUAGAACAACACACGAGUACUCUGAAAUGCAACAAAACAUGUCUUUUUUAUAGCAGACAUGCUUUUUAUUGCUUUCACCCAGAGGAUUUAUCGAGGAUAUAUUCAGUUGGAAAUGAAGAAGAGGAUCUGUCAGCGUUUCAAAGGUUGCAAAAAGUGCCAAUGAAUAUAUUGCUUAAAUAUAUCCUCUUUUUUUCGUCAUUGGCCACAUUGACACCCCUAAUAAGCAGGACCAUGGGUUGCAUUCAGAGCAUCGCCUGCAAGCCCCGCAUCCGACGGGAGAACAUAGUGGUCUAUGAGGUCUCAGCCUCCAUUGACCAAUGCCCGACCAUCAUUGAGGAGAAUUCGCCCAUUGUCCUGCGAUACAAGACCCCAUACUUCAGAGCAUCGGCUGGGAUUGUGAUGCCCCCGGUUCCCAGAAACGAAACAUGGACUGUGGGCUGGAUUCAGGCGUGCACCCAAAUGGAGUUCUUCAAUACAUAUGGUGAUAUUGGCAUGUCCAGCUGGGAAUUACCCGAGCUUCGGGAAGGACGGGUAAAGGCCAUAAGCGAUUCUGACGGCGUCAGUUAUCCCUGGUAUGGUAACACUACCGAAACAGUGACCCUCUCAGGUCCCACAUCCAAGCCAUCCAGGCUAACGGUGAGCAUGAAUGACAACUUCUACCCCAGUGUGACUUGGGCAGUGCCCAUCAGCAACAGCAACACACCCAUGCUCACACACAUCACCCGAGACCAGAGCUUCAUCACCUGGCUGGUGGCGCUAAACGCAGACACCAAAGAGCGUAUUGUUCUUCAGACAGUACGCUGGCGUAUGCGUGUAGACAUUGAGGUGGAUCCUUCCAUGCCGCUUGGUUCUCGUGCCAAACUGAUGGGACGACCGCAUCAGGAACAGCCACACAUUCUCAGUAACAAUGAGCCUAUCCCGCCCAAUGCGCUGGGCAGGCCCAAUGCCAACGAUGCCCAGGUGCUGAUGUGGAGGCCCAGGAGGGGACAACCUCUGGUGGUCAUACCACCCAAAUAGAGUUGUCUUAACAGUGCCUAAAGGACAUUGAAGACUUCAUGCACUGUUUGGACACUGGAUUUUAGGAAAUCGCAAGCUGCUCUGUGGAUUGCCAGCUUUGUAGGGUUUCUCAGUUCCUCUGAACUAGACUGUCGAGAAGGGAAUUCUCUGUGUGCACUAUGAAGUUUGACUACCUUUCAGCUUCAAAGUACAUGGUCAGUUUUCAAAUGACUGGGAGUAACUAGUACUAAAUGAGCAGCCACUUGGAACAAAUCCCUUAAGUUUACAGAAUAGUUCACCCAAAAAUUUACUAACCCUCAUGUCGUUACAAACUCUUUCUUCCGUGGAAGACAAAAGAAGAUGUUUUGAAAAAUGUUUCAGCUGUUUUUGUCCAUACAAUGAAAGUUAAUGGGUUCCAAAAUGUAAAUCUCAAAAUAGGACACAAAUGUACCAUAAAAUUAAUCAAGACAACUCAACUAAUAUAUUUUAAGUCCUCUGGGUCAAAAUGAUCACUUUGAAUGAUAAUAUAAGCCUUAUUCACUCUAAAAGUGAAUUGUUGAUCAACACAUGCAUACAUAGACUACAUCAAAAAUAGCAACACAAACCUCAAAUGUGACCCUGGACCACAAAACCAGUCAUAAGGGUCAAUUUUUUUGAAAUUGAAAUUUAUACAUCAUCUGAAAUCAAAAUAUUGAGAAAAUUGCCUUUAAAGUUGUCCAAAUGAAGUCCUUAGAAAUGCAUAUUACUUACAAAAAUAAUUUUUUGAUAUAUUUACAGUAGGAAAUUUACAAAAUAUCUUCAUGGAACAUGAUCUUUACUUAAUAUCCUAAUGAUUUUUUGAACCAUACAAUGUAUUGUUGGCUAUUGCUACAAAUAUACCAAUGCGACUUAUGUGGUCCAGGGUCACUAAUGUGAACAAAUGUCAACAAAGGUCAAACCUCAAAACUUCAGGUUCUUGCACAUCAUGUGACCAAAUAAAAUGACUUUAGAAAUAUGGGCAAAACUGAACACAUUCUUGGAAAUAUCUUCAUGUUCCACAGAGAAAAGAAUGUCAAACAGGUUUGUAACGACAUGAGGAAGAGUAAAUGAUGACAGAAUUUUCAUUUUUCAGUGAACUGUCCCUUUAGGAAAACCCUUAGUGAUAAUAUGAUUAUUACUAAGGGCCUUAAGUUAAGGGGUUUUUGCAACAGAGCCCUACCAUUUUCAGGACAGAAGCUAUAUAAUGCAUGAAAGAGAUUGAAUGUUUGGUCCCAUACCACACACAGUGAAAGCAGAGGAAUCAAAAGAACCAAUUGCAGGAAACACUUUUGCUUUGUAGGACAACCAGCAAAACUCUUUGAAACUUCUAUCAGAUGAUUGAGACUUGUGACUUCAUUUCAAAUGCUAGCAAAUAUAUUUUACAUUCUGUAAGAAAAAAAAAAGAAAAAAAAGACCACAGAGUGCAUGAAGAUGUCCACCAGUUGAGGUGGAGUGUAUCUAGUAAUGUAAAGGAUGCAGUGGGGUUGUUCAUCCAAUCAGACACAUCCUGGCACCGGAGAGUCGAUAGGAGUUUGUUUAUACUCGCACAUGAGUCCAUUUGAGUUUACGCAGUGGGUGCUGCACCAUAGGCAUUCACCAGAUUAGUCACAUGCCAUACACACUCCAUCUGUGCCAUUUCACGUCCCCUGUCUUCCUCUCUCUAUUCUCAAGCUGUCUCACUCCGUCCUCUCCCACUGAUACUCCUUGGGUAAUUAUGACACAGAUGAAAUGGAGUUUCCAUUACAAAUGUCAAGAGAUAAAAAAAAAUCCUUCAUUAUUUACUCACCCUUAUGUCAUUCUAAUCCUGUAUGACUUCCUUUCUUCUGUAGAACACAAAAUAAAGAUAUUUUUAAAACUGUUUUAACUUUUUUGUCUGUACAAUGAAUGUCAGCAGGGUUCAAAACAAUAUUGGACCCCUUUGGCAUUCAUUUUAUGUACAAAAAUUCAGAAUUGUGUUCUACAGAAAAAAAUUAAAGUGUUUAAAGUUUGUAACAACAUGAGGUUGAGUAAAUGACAACAAUUUUUUUUUUUUUUUGGCUGAACUAUCCCUUUUAAGGUCAGCCGUGCUUAAUGCAGCACAUAUCAAUACCAUAUUAUCAAAUAUAAUAGCCAAUAUCACAAACAUAAUGGUGAAAUAGGUUGCUUUUGAUUAGGAUGACACAAUCACUGACUUUUAUAAAAAGUAAAUCCCUCCUUGCUAUAGUUUUUAGAUUUCCAAAAAAACCAUGCUUUUGCUAAAAGUAGCAUGUGUCACAAAAAUGAUAUACAGGGCUGUUUAAAUACCAAUAAUUAUACAAUAACCAAAUUAAAUUAAUUAAUUUGCACGGAAUGCAAAUUAAUAUUUAAAUAAAGAUUUUUUAUAAAGCUAGCAGUUGAUAGUCGGUUGUUUACAAAGUGAGGAAAUAUGAAAAAAAAAUCAAAAUUUGAUAAAAAUAAUUUUUUGAACCGUGAGUUUAGUCAUCUUUCUCUUGAGCAAAUUGCUCAAUGGAGGGACCAACCAACAUGAAGACAGUAUAAGUGUGUGGCUGUUGCUUUCAUGAGAAACUUUGCUAAAUUUACUAAAUUUACUACUUAUAAAUUACUUGAUAGUUUUAUUCAUUAUUUGCAUGCUUUUAAUUUAGUGAAUGGCAUUGUUUUAUUAUGCAUUAAAUUUGACUGGUUUGAAACGAAGAGGUGAUAUCCAGUCUGGACAUAUAACAGAAAUAAUAACUAACUCUUGAAUCUAACAGAGCAUUUAUUCAUGCCUGACGCUUCGCCUAAAUCACUUUCAAAGGAAAUAAUAGUCUUUUGUUGGAAGUGGAGAUGCAUGCAGUACGUCUAAAGCUUGGAGCACUGAUCUAGAUGAAGGUCGAAUAGAUCAUAUGAGGUUCCUUCUCUGUAAUAUGAUAAAUACCUCACCUCAUCUCCCUCUAUCAUUUCUCAGUUACAUCUUCUGUAUCUCUGUCAAAGCCAUAUUCGUCCUCAAGAUGAUAUUCUAAAUAAAGAUACAUUAAAAUGUAUGAACCUGGUAUCUGAAAAUGCAUGAACACCAGCAGCAAAUAAGUGGUUUUGCUUCAAGAUUUCAACAUUUCAUAAAACAAGAAAUGAGGAAUAAAAAUAGUGGUUGUUAAAACUACUUCAUAUCCACAUGCUUUCCCACUGCAAAACGAGUCUAUGCAAUGGAAGAGACGUGAGUUUACUGUGGAAAAGUUUCAUAGCAUUGCAUUAUGGGGAAGAAAGACCCAGUUGGGGGGGAAGUGAUUUUUUCACCUCUUCUUGCAUGCAAGUCGUUUUUGCAUAAAACAAACUGUGAUGCAACAUAUAUUUCCAUUGAAACCCCCCGCUAAGAGCAACAAGGUCUGACAGUUCACUCUGUUCAUUCAAGGACUAAUAAAAGUGCACUGAGCAUCUCA